AUGGCUUCCAAGGCCAUGCAGAGGGCUACUGGGACGACGACGCCUACUUUGAGAGGCUUGACGUCGCCCAAGUCCAUUCUGAAACGGCCGCCACCUCUGCCCUUGUCGCCAAAUCCAUUCCCGUUCGCAGGAAGCGCCACGGUAGCCGUUUCGCCAAGCCUAAGGUCCCCACACGUCCAUUUCCCUCCAUCUGCUUCCCUCACAUCAACCUUCGUCACCCAUUCACCAAAUUCUUACGAUCGCGCCGCUAUCAUCGUAUCCCCGAAUUGCCUUGAACUUCCAGAUCGAGGAGAUAGGGCGGAUUCAAGUCCCAGGAUGGAGUACUCACGUCCCCUUCGGAGGACACACCAGUUCCAAGUAGACGUCAUCCUUGAUGCUCCACCGAAAUCCAAACGUAGAUCAGUCCCUAGGCAACUGGAUGUAUCGCAAAGAUCUCCGACAAACUUAGCGAAGGCUCUGAAGACCUACCCGCGUUCUCCCUACCCAACAGCUACAUUUACCGGCUAUGACGCUACCGAAGACUCAGACACCGCGUGUAUCGGAAUGCCUCGUCCUCAGAGAAGCAGCACUGUUUGUGGAGUGGUGACGCUUCUCCCAGUGAAGAAGGGCAAGAAGGAGGCCCCAUCACCAUAUCCUUCCACCUCUCGACUCUCAUCCCCAUCAGCUCAAGAGUUUACCAAUGAAGAACCCUCGACCUCGCUCCGUCAAGCGUUUUGGCAAUCAGUCUCAUUAAGCGAUGAACAGGAACACGAUGUGACGUUAACACCUAGAUUCUCCGAACGGUUGAAUCCGACAUUUGUGUUUGCGACACAGGACGGGUAUUUGUGGUCCCCGGGAAUUCCCAGGCAUGGUGAUCAUUCAACUUCCAGCCCCACGCUGGGAGACGAUAAGGCCGCGUUGUCGCGGGUGAAGUCUCCAAGGCCGAAUGACCCCGCCGCUGCCUUCCCUUCGUUCUCUUCUGUGCUUUCGUCGAGUGGGGCUGACGGAAUCAUUACAUAUCCACCACCUGUGAUGACUGUGUUGGAGAAAAGGCCUCGAGCCUUGGCGAACGGUGGUGAUGGCCUUCAAGUAAUGUACCGUUAG